AACAAGCGGGCUAGUUCUGCGCCGGCCGGCACGUUGUACGGACGCGUUUGCCUCGUUCCCGCCGAACUUUAUCGUAACUACGAACAUAAACUUGUUUUAUAAAUACAAUAAUUUUCGACUUUCUAUUGAAUUUUAGUGUGGGAUUAUUUAUUGAUGAAAGGAAUUUAGUGACUACGUGAUUGAUCGUAAACGUGUUAUGUUUAUUUUUUUGUGAAACUGCAACGUGUAUGGUUCAAUGGACUAUAGAGAUAACUAAGAGAUGUCUACAAGCGAUUAGAACAUAAGUGUGUUACUUGUAAUUUGUGAUCAGUUAAAACUAUAAAAUGUGUGAAUCGCGGACUUUGAGUUUGUCUACCGUUGUGGUUCGAUGGUUCAUAUUCGCGCUGCUCGGCUUUGAGUGGCAUGUCAACUGUCAAGUGUUACAGCAAACUGCACAAGUUGACAGUUCCUACAAUUUCUAUUACGAACAACCAUGUUGCAGCGGACCUCUGUCUAAAAGCAAAUACCACGUGAGACAUAAACGAGAUCAUGUUCGAGAAUUUACCUGCGGACCUCUUUACUACAGAACCUUCUUUAUGGACUCGAAGCGAGAUGCACUCUAUGUUGGCGCUAUGGACCGACUGUUUCGUCUGAACAUGAACAACAUUAGUUCAUCACAUUGCGAUAGAGAUUCUAUUAAUUUGGAGCCCAGCAACGUCGCUCAAUGCGUGUCAAAAGGCAAAUCUGAGCACUUCGACUGCCGUAACCACGUGCGCGUGAUUCAGCCCAUGGGCGACGGGUCGCGGCUCUACGUUUGCGGCACCAACGCUCACAGCCCUAAAGACUGGGUCUUAUAUUCGAACUUGACACACCUGCCGCGGCAUGAGUACGUGCCGGGGAUCGGCAUGGGCAUUGCCAAGUGCCCCUACGACCCAGCGGACAACUCGACAGCGCUUUGGGUGGAGAGGGGCAACCCGGGCUCUUUGCCAGCGCUCUACUCCGGAACCAACGCUGAGUUUACUAAAGCGGAUACCGUCAUCUUCAGAACUGAUCUGCAUAACCUGACAACUGGACGACGGGAGUUCUCAUAUAAGCGAACUCUGAAAUACGAUUCCAAAUGGUUGGACAAACCGAACUUCGUUGGUUCAUUCGACGUCGGCGAGUACGUGCUAUUCUUCUUCCGCGAGACAGCAGUGGAGUACAUCAACUGCGGUAAGGCAGUUUAUUCUCGGGUCGCCCGCGUCUGCAAACGUGAUACCGGAGGCAAGAACAUACUCAACCAGAAUUGGGCGACUUACCUAAAAGCAAGGUUGAACUGCAGCAUACCUGGAGAGUUCCCAUUCUACUUCAAUGAAAUACAGAGUAUCUACAAAGUUCCUGGAGACGAUAGCCGCUUCUACGGGGUAUUUACAACCGCGUCCACUGGUUUGAUGGGCUCUGCGAUAUGUACCUUCACUAUCGGAGAUAUCCAAAAAGCUUUUGAGGGGAAAUUCAAAGAACAAGCCACAUCCAGCUCAGCAUGGCUCCCUGUUAUAAGCAGCAGGGUACCGGAACCGAGACCCGGGACUUGUGUCAAUGAUACCUCCUCAUUACCUGACACUGUUCUCAAUUUUAUCAGAUCACAUCCACUAAUGGACAGCGCGGUAUCACACGAGAAUGAGAAACCGAUCUACUACAAGCGGGACCUGUUCUUCACAAGACUAGUGGUGGACAGAGUGAGAGUUGAUAUGCUGGGACACCAGCUGGAAUACACCGUGUAUUAUGCCGGAACCAACGAAGGCAAGAUACAUAAGAUCGUACAAUGGACUCGCAAUGGAGACAAUCAGUCCGCUUUAUUGGACAUCUUUGACGUCACGCCCGGGGAACCUAUCCAGGCGAUGGCAUUAUCUCGCACGCACGGUUCACUGUAUGCGGCGUCCGACCGGCGCGUGCUGCAACUCCGCUUGGCUCUAUGCGCGCGCCGCUACGACGCGUGCGUGCGCUGCGCCCGCGACCCAUACUGCGGCUGGGACAGAGAUGCAGCCGUCUGCCGUGAAUAUGUGCCCGGAUUGAUACAAGACGUUGCAAAUGAAACGGCAGACAUUUGUGACUCCUCGAUAUCCCGCAAGAGCGUGUCGGCGACGUGGGGACAGAGCCUGCACCUCGGCAGUUUCGUCAAGAUGCCGGAGGUGCUGCAGCCGCGCGCCAUCACCUGGUAUCAUUACUCCAAGGAGAAGGGACGACAUCCAAUCACAUUUAACAAACCAGAGAAAUACAUAGAGACUUCAGAGCACGGCUUGCUCAUCAUAUCUGUGCACGAGGGAGACGCUGGCAGAUACGACUGUUGGCUCGGGGGAUCCCUACUCUGUUCCUACAAUAUCACAGUUGACACUCAUCGAUGUUCUCCUCCGGAAAAGAGCAAUGAAUAUCAAAAGAUUUAUUCCAAUUGGUGUCAUGAAUUUGAGAAAUACAAAACCGCUAUGAAGACGUGGGAAAGAAAACAGGAGCAAUGUGCACGUCAAAAUGACUCGAAUCAGAACACGCAUCCAAACGAGAUAGUGUGAUAGCUCCUAAACAUCGCCUAUCUCAUGUUCCAGUCGGUUAAUUACUAUGCAGGAGCGAUCCCAGUCCCCUAUCUGUCGGCCGGCCUCAAAUACUUCAAUAUAUUCUCGUGAACAUCCGUCAACAAUACGCUCCAAGAUAAAGUGAUUUAACGAAUCCAUAGAUUUUACACGAGCUCAAUAGUACUGAGCUCUCCAUAGAUUUUAAAUUCAGUGACUAAACCAAAUGUGCAUCGACUUCAUGAGAAGGUGAUUUGAUGAAAAAAUGGACAAUUGAAAUUGUAUCACGUGCGUUGCUUUUGGACACGGAAUAUAGUGGUCAGUUUAAGCUUCGUUGUUCGAAUAAGGUAGAGAUUUUUUAGAUAACUGGUAAAUUACUGAAAUAAGUGUUUAUGCAUUCUGAUUGCUUCAUUUACAACAAGACAAGACAUGUUUUUAAUUUUUACAAACAAAAAUUUUGUAUGAUGAAUAAUUGUAAUCUAGAUUUCUGUUUGAAGAAAUAUCUAGUGGUUUCUCACUUAGAAAGGUAAUUUCUAAUUUUAAUAUUUAUUCGUGUAUGAUUGCAAUAUAGUAGAGGAGUAUGUGACGGUCCUUUUGUGGUUAGGGAUAUUAUAAAUUUGAUAUCAGAUCGUUAGUGAAAAAAGCUCAGUACCUGUGUACUAAUGAGAAUAAGAUACGUUGCGUCGCGUGGCCGUUGUGACGUCAUUCCGCGGCCGCCAUUCUGAAUCUCCGAGGGUUGUGGGAGGGUAUGCCUCAUUAUUUUCCCCUAUAUGUGUAAAUAGUUACCCUAAUUUCGAUCUACCUAUUAAAAUAAGUACGUAUAGGAUGCACGUCCUUUAUUGUAAUGAAUAUAAUUUAAGCCUGUGAUAUAAACAAAUUUGGUUAGAAAUGUUAUUUUUAAGUCGAUGUGAAAAAAAAUUAACUCUAAAUUAUUGUUAAAAAUACAGUUGCGAUCGCGCCACUUACUUUCAAAACCAUCUCAUUCUCUGUGAUUCAAAUCAAGUAUACAUUGAUUUAUAAAUUUCCUCACACUUUCCUGCACUGUGACUUUCCUUGUAGUUUUAUUAAGUUACACAAACUAUGCAGUUUACAUUUCUAACGACUCAUAAUUGCUUCGAAUAUAGCUUCAUUUAGCUGAUUAAGAUGUAAAAAGAUACUUUUUUAACUAUUUUAAUUAUUUACAUUCACUUAUUGAUAUAUGAACAAAGUUUACUAAGUGAUCAACUAAACAUUUAACUCAGUUACAUCACACAAAGCCAAUAUCAUUAAAUAACAUGAAUCUAUUUAGAUUAAUGAAAUUUUUUAAUGAUAAUGAUAUACAAAAAUUUGUAAACUUCAACUGUUUCUUCAGAACUCUCAAAAAUACUACUGAAAUAAAUUACAAAGACUUCCACAACUAAAUUUAUAUCGGCAAAGUUAUUACUUAGUAAGUUUGUCUAUAUGUUAGUUAUGUAAUAUUUUAAACAAUUAUAUACAAUGAUCUCAGAGAGAAUCCAGUACCUAAGUCCAUCAGAGGCAACUAACAUAUCCUUUAUCCUAAUAGCGCCAAAUUUUUCAAAUAUAUUGAUUUUAAUACUGGAAAUUAUGAAAACCUAUUUAUUGUAUAAUUACUAAAUCACUAUAGCUUGUAUAAUCGUCUUAGCAGCAAUAAUUAUUUACUCUCAGCAAAGCUUGCUCCCUGAGUAAAAUGUGUGUAAGGACAGUAGUAGAUGUUUUUAACAUUUCCUUGCAAUAAAAAAAAGUAUAAAUUUGGUGUAACUUUUAGAUGUAAUCUGUCCUCACAAACAUUGAUACUCUGUUAAUCGUAAUAAUAAAAUGUUAUUAGUGUAGACAGUGUUUCUAGUAAAUAUUUCCGCAUAUUUUUGUACAAAGAUUUGAUCUUAAUGUCCUAGGUGUUAAGUACCAAUAUCCUGUCAUCCUCACUUAGUACUUAUUCGAAAUUUUGCUCGACUCCAUAUCAUAAGUUAUUGUACUAUUUAAGAGCUUGUAUUUAUAUUACUAUUCUACACGUUUUUUUAUAUCUAUAAUUCAUAAACGAAUUGCAUUUUCGAUAAAUUAUUAUACGAAUAUUUUUUCUAGAGGUUUAUUAAGAAAAUAGUGAAUUUUAAUCGAUUUGUUUUCGUAGCUUUUUGAGUGACUGUUUAUUUAUACAACGUUUAGUUUGUAUAGUUAUAGUGUUACUAAAUUAGUUAUUGUUAUAUUUAAUUUAUAUUUCAAUAAUAGAUAUGCGUUCGUUGAGAAAUCCGUCACAAAUUAGAAUUCAAUAUACAAAAUGCAAUCAUUGUAUUUACUCAGACCUCGUAAAUUAUUUAUCAAAAAACAAUGAAACUAAGAAAACCCGUUCAUGGCAAAAGUCCUCAAAUAUAUUUAAUAUAGGUGCUUCAGAGUUUUUUAAAUUUGCUUAACAAUUUUAUAUUUAAAAAGAUCAGAUUUCAUAUCAUGAUGUACAUACAUGAAAAUCGAAAUAGAUAUUAAAAAAAAUUGGUAAGAAAUAUCUGAGCUUUGUCGUUUAUUAUGUAACCUAAGAUUCGGUACUUAAGUAUUGUAGUUAUAAAACGAUUUCCCCUCUUCAGGGAUAAUCUUGCGCAAUAAUUAUAGCUAAUUUACUUAUCGUCUGUACUAAUCGAAUAGCUCUGUAAAUUCCACAUGUUACUAUACUAUGUAAGUUAAUUCAAACGUAGCGUUAAGGUUUUAUAUAAUAAAUCUAUGAAAUGUAUCUUGCA